UUCUAGUAUGCUAAAAAGUAUCACGGGAUUGAAACUCAUAUACCUUUGUUAUAAUUAAUAUGGCAGGCAAGUACCUAAUUCGGAUGCAAGCGAUGGGUCUUGGCAAUAAAUAGGGGUAUUCCGCCAGUUGGCACCAAUGACAACGGGCCGUUGCCAGUCCUCACCCUUUAUGCUACUUGGCAAUAAAAAGGCAGAAAACUUCCUUGGAUCAAACUCACCGAACCAUUCCCGAGCAGGAUACUCGAGACUCGUACUCGGGCAACGAAAACCAUCCCAUUGGCCUCGCCAAUCAUCAUCAGUCAAUCUCCGCAUGUUAUAGUAACGAAAAAACACGAACGACCCCAACCGUACACCCGUCCACUCGAAUACCUAAGUCCCCACAAAAUGUCCGGUGCCGACGCCCCCGAGGUCCUGUCUGCGUACGACGCAAUACGGUCAGACAAGGACCCGAUGAAUUGGCUGAUUCUCUCAUAUGCCGGGGCCGUCGGCGAUAAGUUGAAGCUGUCGGGGACGGGCUCUGGCGGGCUGGAGGAGCUGGCAAAUAACUUGGACGCUUCACAAGCACAAUACGGAUACGUCCGCGUAGAGUACGCAAACGACACCGAGAGCAAACGAGUCAAAUUCGUAUUCGUCGUCUGGAUUGGAGAGAACACCAAGGUCAUGCGCAAGGCACGCGUGUCCAUCGAGAGCGGCAACGUUAAGAGGGUCCUUAACCACCACAGCAUUUCGAUCGACGCCCGCGACAAAGCCGAUCUCGACGAAGCAGAGAUUGUUGCUAGACUGAGAAGGGCCGGCGGUGCUGAUUACAAUGGUGGCCGGGGCUGAAAGAGGCGAAGAGGAAACAUCACAGUGAUAACAUGGUGAAGCAUGGGUACUAGGUACCUAGUACCUAGUACCUGCGGAGAGUUUCGGGGGUUGAUUGAUGAGCGUGCAUGAGCGAGAUAACAUGAAUUUUCCUGG